AAAAAUAGUCAUAUCAAUAGUUAAAGUUGUUCAAUAAUUUUCAUCAUAUACAUCUUUACUUUGUGAUAUAUAUUAGUUUUGACUCAUAUUACUAUAUUGCUACUUUAUGAUUUACUAUCUACUACUUAUUCGAUUAUUAUCCACUUUCUAGUCCCUUUUUUAUUCGCUUUUUCUUUUCUUAUUUCAAUUGAAAUUGAAUAAUCUAAUAAAACCAUUAAUAGGUCUAAUAUAAAUUAAACCCAUUUCUCCACUUUUCUUUUUUGCCCAAAUCAUAUAUAGUGUUUGAUCAAAUAAUACCACUUUUACAAUAUUUCAUUUCACAAAGUAUCAUUACUAUUUACAUUAUUUACUGUUCUUACUGUUCUUGCUAUCCUUGCAACUGGUAUCACCAUCACCAUCACUACUAUUCAUAAUUUUUUAUUCAUAAUUCCUUAUUCUUAAAAUGACUUUUAAUCUUUUAAAAUUUCCUCCCUCAAUAAUUCAACAAAUACUAAAUAACUUUGUAACCCACAAAGAUAUCCUAUUAAUUUUUUCCCUAUCUGACUACCAGGUAGUUUCCUUUUACUCUAAUUUUUUAUUAUUCAGUAAAAUUUGCAUUGAUUUUAACAACAGCAAUAAUAGUAAUCAGAAAAAUAGUGUUAAAAUCAUCGAUAACUUCAAAAUCACUUUAAACGAUUUCUCUACUUUAAAAAGCUACAUUUAUGCUUUUACCAGGCAAAUCAAGUUACAAAUCAACUUUAGAGAUUUCAAAAAUUUAAUCAAGUUGAAUAAUCUAGACAACAUAAAUACUCUAAAUGAUGUAAAUGACUUCUUUCAAGUUUUAAAUUAUCAGAAAAAUUUAAAUCUAAGUGCAAAUGUUAACAUUAAUAUAAAUUUGUCCCUUGAAAAUUUAAAUCUCACAAAUUUAAGUGAACUACAUCAUCUAAUAAGCUACUACAACAAUAAAUUUAACGUAUCAAUCAACAAAAAUAUCAAAAAUCUCAACUUAUCAAGAAACAAUAUCAAUUCAAUCGAAAAGAUCUCUUGUUUCAAAAAUCUAAAAACAUUGAAUCUUUCGAAUAAUUUUAAACUAAAUUCAAAUAAUGUUUAUUUCAAUUUAAAAUCUUUGCAAAGUUUAGUUCAUUUGAAAAAACUAAUCAUAAAAGGUUACAACCAGAUAUCCAAAAUCGAACAUCUAAAUAACUUAACUCAGCUUCAAGUACUAGUUAUAAGAUGCUCAAAUAUAUCUCAAAUAGAAAACUUAAAUGACUGCAAAAACUUGAAAAUCCUAGAUUUAUCCUUCAAUCUAAACAUCAAAAAAAUCGAGAAUAUUCAAAACUUAAAAAAAUUAAAAAAACUCAUACUAUAUCGUUGCAAUUUAAAUAAAAUUGAAAACUUGGAUUCUAACCAAAACUUGCAAUACUUGGAUUUAGGUGGCAACAAUAUUUCAAAGGUGGAAAACAUUAGUCAUUUGAAAAAUCUAAGGGUUUUGUAUCUCGAUAAAAAUCACAUUUCAAAUCACAACAGCUCUGAUACUUAUAAAGAUAUCAGCAUCAGCAGCGGAAAUAGCUGCUCUUUGAUAUCCAGUUGGGAUAGCUUAAAAAACUUGAAGCAGCUAUCUCUUGGUGGAAACUAUUUAUUCUCUAGAAAAUUUUAUGGAAAGUUGCCGAAAUUCAUCCAUGAUGCUGAAUUCAUCAUAGAGAAGAAAAACAUCUUACGAUUGUAAUUUUUUAGUUCAUCUAUUGCAUUUCCAUAUAUAUACACAUUUCCUUUUACACAUCUUCAUUUACGCAUCUUUAUUUACACAUCUUCAUUUCUAUAGCAAAGUCAUUAAUUUCCAACAAACCUACCCACUUCCAAAUCGAGUAAAAUAUG